AGCCUCACUUAUGAACCGGAGUGGCCUGGAGGAGAGGAGUCUGACUGCCUGGUGUCCGGGGCCCCGGGCGGGCUGUGCGCUACGCCGCGCACAUGGAGCUAGCGAGGUGCUGUUUCAGGUGGUUCCCACCCUUGGCCACAAACUCCUGGUCACUUAUACUUAUUCUCUUUUCUAUACAACUUGUAUUUGGGAGUGCAAAGAAGUUCACCCCUUGUGGAGGACGAGAUUGCUCCGUCUGCCUGUGCUUUCCGGAAAAGGGGUCCCGGGGUCAUCCAGGACCACCAGGGCCACAGGGUCCUAUUGGACCACUGGGACCUCCAGGACCCAUUGGGAUUCCAGGAGAGAAGGGGAUGAGAGGGGACAGUGGCCUUCCUGGAGCAGCGGGUGAUAAAGGAGAUAAGGGUCCCACCGGUGUUCCUGGAUUUUCAGGUUUGGACGGCACACCUGGGCACCCAGGGCCUCCUGGACCCAGAGGCAAACCUGGCAUGGAUGGCCACAAUGGCUCGAGAGGUGACCCUGGGUUUCCAGGAGGAGGAGGAACUCCUGGCCCGGAAGGCCCCCCAGGCCUUCCUGGGGAAAAUGGAGAAAAAGGAAAUUCAGUGUUCAUUUUAGGUGCGAUUAAAGGUAUGCAGGGUGACAGAGGGGACCCAGGACCGCCCGGCUUACCGGGAUCAAGGGGUGCUAGAGGACCGGAAGGCCCAAUGGGAUACCCAGGAGAGUCGGGGUUACCGGGACCUCGGGGACAUCCUGGGAGUCCAGGAAUGAAGGGUAGUCCUGGCGUGGGAGUAAAGGGGCAAAUGGGAGACCCGGGUGAAGUUGGCCGGCAAGGUUUUCCUGGACCGCCCUUACUGGUACAGCCACCUGACUCCUGUCUCUACAAAGGAGAAAAGGGUGUAAAAGGCCUGCCUGGGAGGAUUGGGCCUCCGGGACCUCCAGGACCCAAGGGAGAACCUGGUUUUGGGGAGAAAGGAGAAAAGGGGAUUCCUGGCUUCCCAGGCCCUCGGGGUGUCCCUGGCUCCUAUGGAACCCCAGGUUUUCCGGGAUUAAAGGGGGAUCGAGGACUGUUUGGAACUCCGGGGCCAUUUGGAUUUCCUGGCCUAAAGGGGGACCCUGGAGACCGCGGACUCCCAGGACCGCCAGGGCUGUUGACAACGCCACCUCUUCCACUCAAAGGCCCUCCGGGGGAUCCAGGACUCCCUGGCCGCUAUGGAGAAACGGGAUCUAUUGGAUUUCCUGGUCUUCCCGGUCCCCCGGGGCCACCAGGGGAAGCCUGUCCAGGCACGAUGGGACUCCCGGGGCCGCCAGGGUUGCCUGGGCAUCCAGGUGCUCCAGGGGCAGCCGGCCCUCCUGGGAGACCAGAUUCUGCUCCGGGAAAACCAGGGAACCCGGGACCCCCUGGGCUGCCUGGAGCCCCGGGAAGGCAGGGACCUCCAGGAUCGAAUGUUAUACAUUGUAGUGCUGGACACCCUGGACCACAAGGAGUGAAAGGCAAAAUGGGUCCUCCGGGAAGAAGAGGCUCAAAAGGAGAAAAAGGAAAUGCUGGUCUCUGUGCCUGCAAGCCUGGCCCCAUGGGCUCACCAGGCCCCCCAGGACUUCCUGGGCGGCAGGGUAGCAAGGGAGACUCGGGGCUCCCUGGGUGGCCUGGAGAAAAAGGUCACCCAGGCCCUCCUGGUGCUGAAGGAUCUCCAGGGCCACCAGGAAGACCUGGUGCCCCAGGAACACCCGGCAGCAAAGGAGAAAAAGGAGACAUGGUUGUACCAAGAGUCAAAGGAUGCAAAGGACAAAGAGGUCCUCAGGGGCCCCCAGGAUUUCCAGGGCAGCAGGGACAGCAUGGUUGGGAUGGACAUGCUGGAGCUAAAGGGGACCCAGGACCCCCGGGGGAUCAUGAAGACGCAGGCCCUGGUGAUCAAGGACUCCCUGGAUUCCCGGGCUCCCCUGGCAGAGAAGGACCGAGGGGGCCUCCGGGAUUGGGAUUUCCUGGUCCCCCGGGGCAAAGGGGGCAACCAGGAGCCCCAGGCCACCCAGGCAAGAGGGGUCCUGAAGGCGUGAAGGGUCAGAAAGGUGAUACCAUUUCUUGUAAUGUCAGCUACCCUGGGAGGCCAGGCCCUCCAGGUGUGGACGGACCUCCAGGUCCAAAGGGAUGUCCAGGUCCUCGGGGUGCUCCCGGGCUCCCGUGUUCUGAUGGGGAAAAAGGUCGGCCUGGCAAACCAGGAAUAUCAAAAAUACCUGGUCCACCUGGUUUUCGUGGUGACAAGGGAGACCCAGGUUUUGAAGGUGAAAAGGGCUCCUCGCCUGUCGGGCCCCCAGGCCGUCCUGGUCCACCUGGAGCAAGGGGUCAGAAAGGAAUCCCUGGAGACCCUGCUUAUGGUCACCCCGGACCCCCGGGAAAGAGGGGGCUUUCAGGAAUGCCAGGGCCGAAAGGACUCAGAGGCGACCCAGGACACCCCGGGCCUGCAGGGCCAGAUGGCAUGCCCGGAUUCCCAGGUCUCAAAGGUCCGAAGGGCAGAGAGGGAAGUGCUGGGUUUCCAGGGAUCCCAGGUCCACCCGCCCACUCCUGUGAAAGAGGUGCCCCCGGAUUUCCAGGGCGACCGGGACUCCCCGGGGCUCCAGGCAGUCCAGGUGCCCCGGGUGCGAAAGGCCAGCCAGGAGAUGCGGGGCCUCCUGGACCAGCUGGAAUGAAGGGCCUCCCAGGAGCCCCAGGAAGGCCAGGGGCAGCCGGACCCCCAGGACCCCCAGGAACCCCAGGCCCUGUUGGGGAGGAUGGACGACCUGGUCUUCCAGGCCCCAAGGGACCCCCGGGCCUGCCUGGCUGGCCGGGUUUCCCAGGAGAGAGGGGAAAGCCUGGCCCCGAGGGACACCCUGGCAGAAAGGGAGGAGCCGGAGAGAAGGGGCGGCCUGGCUUCCCGGGGGACCGGGGACUGAGAGGCGCCACAGGUGAGAGAGGACCCCCAGGAGCGGAAGGAGAAAUGUCUCUCAUUUUCAAAAAGGGGAAACCCGGGGAUCCUGGACCUCCUGGAGAUGAUGGGUUCCCAGGAGAAGAAGGUGAUAAAGGCAAUCCUGGGGUGCCAGGAAGAAGAGGCCAUCCAGGCAGGCACGGACCCCCUGGAUUUCACAAAGGAGAGCCGGGUAGAAAUGGGCAGCCGGGGCUUCCUGGACUCCCAGGUCCUCCUGGCUCACCUGGGCCAAGAGGAAUCAUUGGUUUCCCAGGACUUCCAGGUGACCAGGGUGAGCUGGGUUCUCCAGGGCCGCCAGGACUUUCAGGAACUCCUGGAACAAGAGGACCUAAAGGAAACAAAGGUGACCCUGCAAGUCAGCUUGGCCCACCUGGUCGAAAGGGUGAGCCAGGUAACCCUGGAUGUCCAGGGCAUUCUGGAGCACCCGGAGAGAGGGGCUUGCCCGGUGUCCCAGGGCCCAGAGGACCACCCGGAAGGCCAGGACUGCCUGGCUCCUUCGGGCCACCAGGCUGUCCAGGUGAUCGAGGGAUGCCGGGGCCAAUGGGACAGCCAGGAGAAAUGGGGGAUCCUGGACCAAGAGGCCACAUGGGGUAUCCAGGGGCACCAGGUCUUCCAGGAAUAAAAGGUCCCUCUGGGUUACCCGGCCUGAACGGCUUGCAUGGUUUAAAGGGUCAGAAAGGAGCCAAAGGAACUUCAGGUUUGACCGAAAUGGGCCCACCCGGUCCAAUGGGGAUGCCUGGGCUGAAAGGGGAGACAGGAGACCCCGGGAGCCCAGGGAUUUCUCCUCCAGGCCUUUUUGGAGAUAAGGGCCCUCCAGGUCCUCCAGGGAGACCUGGGCCCCCUGGUCCUGCGGGCGCCACAGGAAGAACUCCGAAGGCUGACAUUCUUGUCCCGGGUCCGCCCGGAGAUCCAGGACCUCCUGGCCCCGAAGGUCCCAGAGGACCACCUGGGCCUCCAGGGCCCCCCGGGACGGUUGACCUUCUGCGAGGGGACCCAGGUGACUAUGGUCUGCCAGGGCUUCCCGGUCCCCUGGGCCCGCCAGGCCCUCCAGGACACCAGGGCUCCCCAGGAUGUAACGGAAGUGAUGGCCAGAAAGGACCAAUGGGGUUCCCGGGGCCACAGGGCCCACCUGGUCUACCUGGGUCACCUGGAGAGAAGGGUUUACCUGGCCCUCCGGGCAGGAAAGGGCCCCCCGGGCCUGCAGGUGCCAGAGGGGAGCCGGGGCCACCUGCAGAUUUGGAUGCCUGUCCCCGAAUCCCUGGGCUUCCUGGGGUACCAGGCCCAAGAGGACCAGAAGGAGCCAUGGGGCUCCCCGGAGUAAAAGGCCCUCCAGGACCAGGGUGCAAAGGAGAGCCUGGGCCGGAUGGCAGAAGGGGCGAGGAUGGCACCCCAGGGCCUCCGGGGCCUCCGGGGCACAAAGGGGACAUGGGCGAAGCCGGCUGCCGUGGAGCACCAGGCCCUCCUGGGCCCCCUGGGGAUCCUGGGCCCAAAGGGUUUGGCCCUGGAUACCUCAGCGGCUUCCUCCUGGUUCUGCACAGUCAGACGGAUGGAGAGCCCACCUGCCCCGCAGGCAUGCCCCGGCUCUGGACGGGCUACAGUCUGCUGUACGUGGAAGGACAGGAGAGAGCUCACAAUCAGGACCUGGGUCUGGCGGGGUCCUGCCUCCCGGUGUUCAGCACACUGCCCUUUGCCUACUGCAACAUCCACCAAGUGUGCCACUACGCCCGGAGAAACGACAGGUCCUACUGGCUGGCCAGCGCCGCGCCCCUGCCCGCGAUGCCGCUGUCGGAGGAGCGCGUGCGCCCCUACAUCAGCCGCUGCGCCGUGUGCGAGGCCCCGGCCCAGGCCGUGGCGCUGCACAGCCAGGACCAGUCCAUCCCUCCGUGCCCGCGGGCCUGGCGGAGCCUCUGGACCGGCUACUCCUUCCUGAUGCACACGGGAGCUGGGGACCAGGGAGGCGGGCAGGCCCUCGCGUCGCCGGGCAGCUGCCUGGAAGAUUUCAGACCAGCUCCGUUCCUUGAAUGCCAAGGCCGGCUGGGGACGUGCCACUUCUUCGCCAACCAGUACAGCUUCUGGCUGACGGCGGUCAAACCACCCUUGCAGUUUUCCGCGGGGCCAGCACCAGAGACCUUAAAAGAAAGCCAGGCCCAGCGGCAAAAAGUCAGCAGGUGCCAGGUCUGCAUGAAGGUGAGCUAGAGAACCCA